AUGAUAGUGACUGUGAUUGCGUACUACUACGUUCUUUACGAAUAUUUGCGAAUAUCGAUUGAAAUUGAUUUUGGAAGGCACGCCUGCCUCUCGUCCAAAACGCUCCUUCCUCCCCACAUUCACUCGAGUGGAAAGAGCCCCGCGAAACGGGUGAUUUGUGCCCCGCAUUUCCCGCCAGGAACCCAAGCUUUCCGAAAAGGGCCACAAACCCGCACAACCUUGGCUUGGAAGUAG